AGUAAGAUAAAAAAUGAUAUUUGUUUAUUUAUAAUGUCAAAUCCUGCGACUAAUGUCAAAUUGAAUACUGUAUGUAUAUAAAGUAAACACUUUUGCAUCUUGAGCCAAAUAAACUACUGAUCUCGAUCAAAACCCCAAACAAAUUUUCUAAUAUCAAUUACUAUCGAUCAAGUUCAUCCAAGAUUCAGUUUCGAAUAAACCGCUCGUUUGAGUAAGCUCCAACGGUUGCUUCUAUGAUUUGGUGCAACUCUGUGGUUUCAUACAAUUAUUGCAAGUUCCAAUGGUUGCUUUUAUGUUGCUUCUUGUUCUUGGCUCAUGGAGAAAACAUAAAAAGAUCAGAUUUUCCAGAUGAGUUUCUGUUUGGAGUGGGAACAUCAGCAUACCAAAUUGAAGGUGCAUAUCUUGAAGAUGGUAAAAGUCUCAACAAUUGGGAUGUAUUUUCUCUUUCCCCAGGCACCAUUCGAAAUGGUGACAAUGGAUUCAUAGCAGAUGACCAUUAUCAUCAAUAUCUGAAAGAUAUUGAGCUCAUACAAUCUCUUGGUGUAGAUACUUAUCGUUUCUCUAUAUCAUGGUCACGAAUUCUUCCAAGAGGAAGAUUCGGUGAUGUUAAUCCAGAUGGAAUUAUGUUUUAUAACAAAAUCUUGGAUGAACUCGUAAGCAGAGGUAUUAAACCUUUUGUAACAAUUUACCAUUUUGAUUUUCCUCAAGAACUUCAAGAUCGAUACGGGUCUUGGCUCAGCCCAUUAAUGCAGGAAGAUUAUGUUCAUUAUGCGGACACAUGUUUCAAGAAUUUUGGUGACCGAGUGAAGUAUUGGACCACUAUGAAUGAACCAAACUUGUUUACGCAAAUGGCUUACCAGAACGGAAGAUAUCCACCUGCUCGUUGUUCACAACCAUUUGGCGAUUGUCCAGCUGGAAAUUCCGACACUGAGCCUAUAGUUGUUAUGCAUAACAUGUUACUGGCACAUGGCAAAGCUGUGAAUCUAUACAGACGAGAUUAUCAGCAUGAACAAGGUGGAUCAGUCGGGAUUGUUCUAGAUUGUUUAAUGUAUGAGCCGUUGACUGAUAACGAACUUGAUCAAGAAGCUGCGAGAAGGGGUUUGGCUUUCUCUAUUGGCUGGGCAUUGGAUCCACUAACGUUUGGAGAUUAUCCGUCGGAGAUGCGCCAGUAUAUUGGAAACCAACUGCCGCAGUUUACCAGUGCCGAAAGAAAGUUUAUGAGAAACAGCAUUGACUUUAUUGGAGUCAACCAUUACUCAACUACCUAUGCAAAAGAUUGCCUUUAUUCUGAUUGUAGCAUAUCCGCCAAUCGAGCAACUAAAGGUUUUCUGGAUACAACUAGUGAACGAGAUGGUGUUCAAAUUGGUGAACUGACGGGCAUUAGUUCGUUGCGAGUAGUUCCAAGAGGCAUCGGAGAAGUUGUAGAAUAUCUAAAGGAGAGAUACGACAAUAAACCCAUGUUUAUAACUGAAAAUGGAUAUUCGGAGCCUCAAACUGAAGGACAAGAUCAAGACGCCAUUCAAGAUUUCAAGCGAAUCGAAUUUCACCAAAUGUACUUGUCAUCCUUGGCGCAAGCAAUCAGGGAUGGUGCCAAUGUAAAGGGCUAUUUUGUGUGGACAUUGAUGGAUGAUUUCGAAUGGAUUAUCGGGUAUAGAAUCAAAUUCGGAUUAUACUACAUUGAUCGCCAAACACUUGCUCGGGUCCCUAAAAUGUCUGCAAAAUGGUAUCAAGAUUUCUUGAAAAACAAUACUCAAACACCGGUAAUUAGAUUAUCAUCAGAGUUGGUGCACAAUAAAGCUGACUCGUAAAGAUUCGUUCUGACGGACAAUUUCCGUGUUGUAAGUUGUGAAGUUUUGUGUUGUAUGUUAUGAUGCUAAGAGAAGCAUAUGUGUUAAAGAUUCAAUAUUGCAGGAAACUUGUAUGUGUUAGUUGGUAUGUUUUCUAUUUUUCUUAUAUUCUUGUUACUUGCCAUUUUGAUCAUGUGAUUCAAGUGAUACAAGAAUUUAUCA